GCACAAAUUCCAAAACCUGCAGAAAAGUAUAAGUUUGAAGGAGGAUCGCUUCCUGUUACCUUUCUUUAGGGUUUUUUUGGGAAGAAAUAAUGGAAGGAGGAGGAGUCCCAAAUUAUAAGAUACAAAUUCCACAGGCCAUGAACGAAAUGGGGUUUCCACAAUAUGAAGAAAACCAGAUGAUGAGUUUCUUGUCCCCCGCACAAACUUCUCAGCCUCUCGCCACCAUGGCGGCGUUUACCGGUCAUAACAACCAGGUAGGGACCUUGGAACCCAAAGCUGUAGAGGACCAGAACUGCGUCAGUAACAUCAACAACGGAAACAAUAAUUCAUGGUGGAGGAGCUCGGCUUCGGAGAAGGCAAGAGUGAAGGAUAGGAGAAAGCUUAGAGAACCGAGGUUUUGUUUCCAGACGAGAAGCGAGGUUGAUGUACUAGACGAUGGUUAUAAGUGGAGAAAAUAUGGCCAGAAGGUUGUCAAAAACAGUCUUCAUCCGAGAAGUUAUUAUCGUUGUACGCACAGUAAUUGCAGAGUGAAAAAGAGGGUUGAGCGAUUAUCUGAGGAUCGUCGAAUGGUGAUUACAACUUAUGAAGGCAGACACAAUCACUCCCCCUCCGAUGACUCUAAUUCAUCGGAGCACGAAGGUUUCACCUACUUCUAAAUAAACUUCCGAUGCUUAUUUUUCGAUAUCUUUAUUUAAAUAGCAAUGUUAUCAAACGUUAGAUUUUGAC